GUUUCGGUUUCGCUUCCACCCGACUAUGCAACCGUGGCUCGUCGUCCUCGCUCUUCCCUUUUGCCUGCAUUCGGCCUCGUCCAGGGAAUCCAGAACCUUCCCAUGUCCCGAGCACGACGCAAUUCUUCCCUGCGUGUGCAACCAUGAAGCAGCCAUCGACGAGGUGCACGUGGACUGCUCGGAGGCGACCACGAGCACUCAGAUCUUAACAGCCUUCCACGAAGGAUUUUGGCCCUUCGACAAUCUCACGGAAUUCCGGCUGAAAGGGUACCGCAAGGUGUCAGAAAUCCCCGAAGAAAUCUUCGGCUACGUUUCCUUCCGGAGGAUAUUCGUGGAGACGACCGACGUGGUCUUCGUCGACCAAUCGGCCUUCUUGUCGUGCAGGGACGACCUGGCGCAUCUGAGUUUCUGGUACGGCCACCUGGAAAGGUUCCCCUGGCAAUCGCUGCCCCAGUUCGUCUCGCUUGCGAUCCUCAACCUCGAGUUCAACGAGAUUACUGCGAUCGACAGCUUCGAAAGCCCCAGCCUUGUAACGCUCCGCGUCUCAAACAAUCGGAUAGCCACGCUCAAGACUGGGAUAUCUGCGCCCAACUUGAACGCUCUAAUCAUGAAUAAUAAUCCCAUCUCGACGAUCCCCUCCCGGUUCUUCGAGGGGAUGGAGAACUUGGAGGAAUUCCAGUGCCAGUGGUGCAACCUGGGACCGGCCAUUUCGGACGGGUCUAUGGAAUUCCGCAGCCAAACCUUGAAGUCCGUGUACCUCCGCAACAACAUCAUCUCCAGCUUCGAACCAGGCGGCAUAAGUGUUGUCUCCCCCGACGCGGUCGUCGAUCUUGAAGCCAACCAAAUCACGGAAUUAACGGAAUCGAUCUUUCGCCCAGUGAUGGAUUUCCUCGCACGAGGAAACGGAUUACUCAAUGUCUGGGAUAAUCCAAUCGUGUGCGGUUGCAGCAUGGCCUGGGUAAUGCUCGACCCAAUCAUUUUGGAAAGAGUUUACGGUUCUUGCGUGAACGGAACUCUUUUUCAAGAACUGGAUCCGCACCAUUUUGAAGCAUUUUGUUGAAAAAGAGGUAUCCUCCCAUGACAGACGUUGUCUCCCCUUGAAAACACGUGAUCAUUCUCAAAAGAUGCACGUCUAACCCCAUAAGUCCAAGAGAGUCUGAUUUCCAAUGAAACGAUGGAAAGUGUGAACUGC